UGCUACUGUGAAUAGAGCCGCAAUAAACAUAUGGUCACACCAGUUGCAAUAGGUCCUUCUAAAAAAAAUCCCAUUUCAACUAAAUUAUAUCUAAAAAUUAAAGGUUGACCUUUUGUUUUAAGUAAUACGUGACCCAACAUACUUAGUUAUAACAGAAGGUUUUUAGCAAAGAUUUCACCUGUGCUUAAGUGUCAGUGGUUGGUUUUCUGCAUAAUGUAUGUAUUUGUGCAGUAUGUGUACCAUCCUGUGACCUAGACUGGUUGGUGUUAGUUACAAGGGCCCGGGAUGGGUAUGAGAGAUGGAUGGUACCCUCUCCUGAGGGCUGUGAAUCUGCAGUGGGAACAAUGUCACACACAUUCCUCUAAAGAUAGAAAAAAGCUCAGAGGUCAAAAAACUUACCCCUAGCCCAUCCUUUUUUUUCCCCUUUAACCUCUAAGUGAAAAACUGCACACAGUUUUCUUCAGGUAUACUGUCUAAAAUCUUGUGUCUCCUUCAACACUUCCUUUGAUAUAUAUGGGAGAUAGAGAUGAAGAAAAGGAGAAAUGGGAAGGGCGAAAAAAAUAAAAAUGUAUGUAAAAUAAUUUGAUUCAAGAUGACCUAUUUUCUAAAUUCUUAGCACUGAUAUUUUGGACCAUUAAGGUAUGUAGACUCUGUACUUGUGACUUUUCAAGAGAAUGAACAGUAGAUUGCUGGUUUGGAAAGGUGGGUAGGAUUUGGAAAUCUCAGAGGGCAGCCAGCCUCUCGAUUUACUAAAUAGCAGGUUGUUAGGUGAAGCUUCAAAGAAAAUUUGGUUUUAAGUGGGGAGACGGACAUCACAGUUUGCCAGGACCAAUCCCAGUUUGCAUUUGAGGUUCCAGCAUAAUUAUUAACAGUGCUCUCUGAUUCUUAAAAGGUUCUGGUCUGGAAUGGUCGUUCUGGAUUUGGGUCAUGCAGGUUGGAGGCUAUUGGCAUGAUGGAAGGAAGAAGACUCCAGAGUGCAGAAGGCUGAAGGGAGAAUUAUCUUAUGAGAGUAAUUUCUGUUCAGAGUUUUCCUUUAAAGGCUUCUUGUAAUGCCUUACAGACUUUCUUCUGACGCACUUUGGACAUCAGUUUAUUUUUCUUUGGUGCAGCUUGUAUAGGGCCAAUGUGUCUCAGCGCAACCUGGAUUUCUUUUAAACUCGUGGGCAGCAAUGCUGCCUGUGUCAGUAAUUCAAACUUGGACAGAUUGGCUGUGAAUGGGGUGAUAAGAAUAGAGAGAAACACAUACCAGUAGACCAAACUUCCUGUGCACAAGCCUUUGAAUACUGCGUUUCACUGUCUGAAAUAGCAUUCAUCUUAAGGCUGGGAUCAUUUAUUCCCUUUGGAAUUAAGCAAUACCACUGGCAGAAAAAGAAACUAUUUUGGGAAGGCCAUGUGGGAGGAAUGAAUUUUUCUAGGUAUUCCAGGCCAGACAGAAAUAUCUUUCAUGCUUUUGAACACCACACCUUAGUGCCCAGGUAAUUGGAAAUGGACAACUUUCAGAUAAUCUCAAAUGUUUAUGCCAAGGCUAAUAUAUACAUGUUAUACUGAAAAGAUUAGGAAAGACUGAGUUUAGAUGCUUCAACUUAAUUACCCAAGUGGCAGAAAAAGAACUUUUCUUUAGAGACUCGCCUCUAAUAUAGACGCUAUUGAGAAGUAAAAUGCAGCAUCUUGUCCCUCUCCCUCUCCUUACGUAUGCUCUUGGAGGUUGUUUUUGCAUAUGCCCCUGUAGACUUUUCCAGAUUGUUGGAGAAGUUUAAAAUAAGGCAAUGAAGGCUAUGUUCCCCCCACCCCACCCCCGCUUCCUCCCUAUAAAGCUGAGGUGGGCAGGGCUUGGCAGCUGGUGGAAACUGCAGAGAUAAAUAAGUACCAGGGCUCCUGGAUGGACAGGGUGCAGAAGAGCCCAAGAUGAGAGUGUGUAGCUAUGAGUGCCUGCCGUGGGAAGAGGCCAUGAGGAUGGAGCUGCAGCUGGAGUCCAGAAAUUCAGGCAGUGAAAGGGAGGAGAGACAGCGUCUGGAGACCAUCCUCAGUCUCUGUGCUGAAUACACAAAGCCUGACAGUCGCUUAUCUACUGGGACCACUGUGGCAGAUGUGCAGAAAAUCAACAAGGAGCUUGAGAAGCUGCAGCUCUCUGAUGAGGAGUCUGUAUUUGAAGAAGCCCUCCUGAGCCCUGACACAAGAUACAGGUGCCACCGGAAAGACUCCCUCCCUGAUGCAGACUUGGCAAGCUGUGGGAGUCUCACUCAGAGCAGUGCCAGCUUCUUUACCCCCAGGAGCACCAGGAAUGAUGAACUACUCAGCGACCUCACCCGGACUCCGCCACCACCAUCCUCCACCUUUCCGAAAGCUUCCAGCGAAUCCUCUUAUCUAAGUAUCCUACCAAAGACCCCAGAGGGUAUAAGUGAAGAACAGAGAUCUCAGGAGUUGGCUGCGAUGGAAGAAACCCGGAUGGUCAUUCUGAACAACCUCGAGGAACUUAAACAAAAAAUCAAAGACAUAAAUGAUCAGAUGGAUGAAUCUUACAGAGAGUUGGAUAUGGAAUGUGCUCUUUUGGAUGGAGAACAGAAAUCUGAAACAACUGAACUUAUGAAGGAGAAGGAGAUUUUGGAUCAUCUAAACCGGAAAAUAGCUGAACUGGAAAAGAACAUUGUUGGUGAAAAGACCAAGGAGAAGGUAAAGCUUGAUGCUGAAAGGGAAAAACUAGAGAGGCUUCAGGAGCUUUACUCCGAGCAGAAGACCCAGCUGGACAAUUGUCCUGAGUCCAUGAGGGAACAGUUACAACAACAACUGAAGAGGGAUGCUGACCUGUUGGAUGUUGAAAGCAAACACUUUGAAGACCUGGAGUUCCAGCAGCUUGAACAUGAGAGCCGUCUAGAUGAAGAAAAGGAGAACUUGACUCAACAGCUCCUGCGUGAAGUUGCUGAAUAUCAACGGAACAUCGUUUCUAGAAAGGAAAAAAUUUCUGCAUUGAAAAAGCAAGCCAAUCACAUUGUUCAGCAGGCUCAGAGAGAACAAGAUCAUUUUGUGAAAGAAAAGAAUAAUUUAAUAAUGAUGUUACAAAGAGAAAAGGAGAAUCUUUGUAAUUUGGAAAAGAAAUACUCCAGCCUCUCUGGGGGGAAAGGGUUUCCCGUUAACCCCAAUACUUUAAAAGAGGGCUAUAUCAGUGUAAAUGAGAUUAAUGAGCCAUGUGGCAAUUCCACGAAUCUAUCCCCUUCCACUCAGUUUCCUGCUGAUGCUGAUGCUGUUGCCACUGAGCCUGCCACAGCUGUGCUGGCGAGCCAGCCUCAGAGUAAAGAGCAAAGAUCACCUGUCUAUUCUGGAUUUGUGUUUCCUUCCACCCUUUCUUCUCAUCCUAUCACUCAACAUACAUCAGCCCCAUGGCCUGAAUUCAUGGCUACAUCUGUCGAUCCUUUACCUUUAAAUGACACACCUCCUCCUCUACCAGCUAAGAAACACAGAAGGCAGCAGCAGCAGCAGGAGCAACAGCACUUUAGAAGUCUGGAAGAAAGGAAAAAACAGCAUAAAGAAGGCCUCUAUCUGAGUGAUACUUUGCCUCGAAAGAAAACCACAACUUCCAUCUCCCCACAUUUCAGCAGUGCUACUAUGGGGAGAAGCAUCACCCCAAAGGCCCACGUGCCCCUGGGACAGAGUAACAGCUGUGGAAGUGUGCUCCCUCCCUCACUGGCAGCCAUGGCGAAAGACUCAGAAUCUCGCAGGAUGCUCAGAGGAAGAAUGAAUUCCUCAGCAGGAGCAAUUAGUAAUUCCAAAAGUUCAAGUGUCAAAGGUUAUAAUCACCAACAGAUGAGUGAAGGACACAGGCAGAAAUCUGAAUUUUACAACCGCACAGCAUCUGAAUCAAAUGUCUACUUGAAUAGUUUCCAUUAUCCAGAUCACAGCUACAAGGACCAGGCCUUUGAUACUUUGAGCCUAGAUAGCUCUGAUAGCAUGGAGACCAGCAUCUCUGCUUGCUCACCUGACAACAUCUCUAGUGCCAGCACUUCAAAUAUUGCUAGAAUAGAAGAAAUGGAGAGACUUUUGAAGCAGGCUCAUGCAGAAAGGACGCGGCUGCUCGAAUCCAGGGAACGGGAAAUGGAAGCCAAAAAACGAGCCCUGGAAGAAGAAAAACGACGCCGGGAAAUCCUGGAAAAACGAUUACAGGAAGAAACUAGCCAGAGGCAGAAGUUAAUAGAAAAGGAAGUAAAAAUAAGGGAGAAACAAAGGGCACAGGCUCGUCCUUUGACACGCUACCUGCCUGUCCGGAAGGAAGACUUUGAUUUGCGGAGCCAUGUAGAGACUGCUGGCCACAAUAUUGACACCUGUUACCAUGUAUCAAUCACAGAGAAGACCUGCCGAGGAUUCCUCAUCAAAAUGGGUGGGAAAAUUAAAACGUGGAAAAAACGUUGGUUUGUUUUUGAUCGGAACAAGCGAACAUUCUCUUAUUAUGCAGACAAGCAUGAAACUAAAUUGAAAGGAGUAAUAUACUUUCAAGCCAUUGAAGAAGUGUAUUAUGAUCACCUCAAGAAUGCUAAUAAGAGUCCUAAUCCGUUACUCACCUUUAGCGUCAAGACUCAUGACAGAAUCUAUUAUAUGGUGGCCCCAUCGCCAGAAGCCAUGCGGAUCUGGAUGGAUGUUAUAGUUACGGGGGCAGAAGGUUACACUCACUUCUUGUUGUAGUGAACUGAGGCAACAGUCCACUUCAGGGCAAACUGCAAUAAUCUCUUACAAGAAUGAAGCCAUAUUCAACCCCGGAUGAGAAAACCCAACAGAUCCAUCCCUUGAACUGUAAACACUCAGAACUCCUUUCAUAUCAAGACAAGUUAUUUGUAAAAAAGAAAGAAGGGGUUUUAACACAAACCUUGGUAACAAAUAGCAAAAGAAUUGAAGCUUUCAUGAGAAA